AUGGAGGCUUGGAAAAUAGAAGGAACAAAUAUUUUAAUAACUGGCGGUGCCUCGGGACUUGGUGCGGCCUAUGUCGAAGCCUUUUUGAAAUGUGGUGCAAAGAAUAUUGCGAUACUGGAUAUAGCUGAAAAGGCAGGUAAAGAACUUACAGAUAAACUCAACAAGUUAUACAAAAACAAAGUCAUUUUUGUUAAGUGUGAUGUGAGCAAAGACGAUGACAUUAAUUAUGCUUUCGAUCAAGUGUUAAAUACUUUCAAUAGAAUAGAUGUGAUCAUUAAUAAUGCGGGAAUUAUGAAUGAUAGUCCCGACGUUUGGAAAACAUCGAGCCUGGUUAACUGGGUUGGUCUGGUUUCAUUCACAAUGAAAGGCAUACAACACAUGCGUAAAGACGAAGGCGGACAAGGUGGCACAAUAAUUAACAUAUCAUCUUCGGCUGCAAUAGUCAGAGUUUCUAUUAUACCGAUCUAUUGUGGAACUAAAAGCGCAGUAUUACAUUUUGGUCGAUCAAUUUCGUCUCCAAAAUUUAACAGUGACACAGGAAUACGUAUAUUGACUAUAUGUUUAGGAGCCACAGAUACGGAACUUUUACAUAAUCUCGAACAUAAAACAUUCGAUGACAAAACCAGCAAAGCCAUUUUGUCUCAAAUAAAUAACCUAUAUGAACAGAGAAUUGAAUCAGCCGUGGCUGCUUUUCUAAAAAUGUAUCGUGAAGGAGCUGCAGGCUCUGUUUGGUUAUCAGCAAAUAAUAAACCAGGAAGAGACAUAACCUCAAACGUAGACGUGGCCUUCUCAGAACUCGAAAAACAAUACAAAGCAUCGGAGUUCGGACAUACUGAGAGUCUUUCACAUCGAUUGAUGAGCGACGGCCCGAAGCGGCGCCAUUGGUGGUGGCGCGUGACGUCACGUAUCGACCGCCGCCCACGCGCGCAUGCGUGCACGACCGAGCUCGGACGCGAUUGGUUGCUUCAGGUUGACAGUGUUACAGAGUUUGUUUUGAAAAGACAUCUUGGAAAACAAAGGGUAAAUAUAAAGACU